AUGAAGCUGACUGCCUUCCUCACCGUGCUGUCCCUCUCAUCCUUCGUUGCGGCAGCACCUAUCGACAAAGCUGCACGAGGACUCCUUCCAUCUCCCGGCGCUUUAUUGGAAAAGGCGUAUCCGCAUUCUGGUAUCCCACAGCUUGCUAACAAGCUUGAUAAACUUACUGAAUUGACGAUGAUCGAAUAUAUGGAGGAAGAUAUUGGACGCACGGUUGGACUCGGAGGACCCUCGCGAGACAAUGCUUACUGA